UUGAUGAAUAGUGUCGCUGUCAGACGCGUUAGAGACAGAUGAAGACAGGUCAACAGACAGUCAGCUGUACCUAGACAGGAGCAGAGCCGAGGAAGAGCAGCUGCGUCAUGUUUCCUCCUCCUCCUCCUCCUCACGGUCACAUGUAGUUGUUCUGUCCGCGGAGAGCUGGAUGUCAGUCUGGGGGAGUUUGCUGAACUGUUCCCGUCCCCGCGCCGCGCUGUCCCGGGUUCAUGUUGCGUGGCUCAGCCUCGUUGUGGAAAACUAUGGAGUCCAGAACAUGUCAAGUCUGAGUGCGGGUUCAAAACUCUAACUGUGUCGAGAUUCUUGUGAAUACUUCCUCAUCCUUUGAACUUUCAGCGCAGGAGGAAACCUUUGGCACGUGAAGGAGCCUCUCGAGGGCAUCAUGGUGAACAGCCAGGCGUCCGGCGUACCAUCAGCCCCCAGGUCAUGUGCAGGAUGUGGGGGGAAGAUCGCCGACCGCUUCCUGCUCUUCUCCAUGGAACGCUACUGGCACACUCGCUGCCUCAAGUGCUCUUGCUGCCAAGCCCAGCUGGGGGACAUUGGCACCACCUGCUACAGCAAAGGGGGCAUGAUUCUGUGUCGGAGCGACUACAUCAGACUGUUCGGGCACAGCGGGGCGUGCAGCGCCUGCGGCCAGUCGAUCCCAGCCAACGAAAUGGUGAUGAGGGCGCAGGGAAAUGUUUACCACCUCAAGUGUUUCAGCUGUGCCACCUGUAGAAACAGACUGAUGCCUGGCGAUCGCUUCCACUACGUCAACGGCACAAUCUUCUGUGAGCACGACAGACCCGGCGCUGCCUUGCUCAGCAGCCACCUGCCUCCACUUCAGAGCAACUCCGUGCUGACGGACCAGAAGGUAUGCUGAGCAGCAGCAGCAGUCCUGUGUAUCCCCCUCCCCAGCUUCACUUCUCUGCAGUACAACUUUUUCCUCCCCUACUACUCUCACCGUUUUGUGGAUCCUCAUCUCUUCUACCGACUCUUUUUCCCCCCCGGAGAGGACGCUCACGUUCCUCACGUCUCCGUCACCGUAUCACAGAUUCUAUAUAUUCCCAGUAUAAAGUCUGGUUUUAUGUUGUGAUCUGUUAAAGUGGUCUGUGCAUCAUGCAAAGACUUGCAGAGUGUGUGAACUGCGCUGGCAGAGGCUCAUUCAGAGCUGAGACAAAGCUGGAGGAGAACAAUGAUGAUAAAAGCAUUCGCCAACUGGAAGAGGGAACAAAAGACGCUUGAGUGAACGUUUGAUGGACUGCAGUAAAAAGACUGUCAAAGCUUUGCUUAUGCCAUGUGAGCAUCAGUGCUUAUAAUGAACUCCUGAUCUCUCUUGUACAUGUUUAUCUGAGAUACACGCUGAGGAUUGAAUAUCAAGUUAAUGGGUGUCAUGAACAAGUAUGUGGGAAUGUGCAGUUUGAGAAAAAACUGCACCAGAAAGGUUUUUUUAAAGGCAAACAAAAUGUUGCUGUCUCUUUAAACUCCCUGCACAAAGAAGUAAAACCACCCUGUGAAGGUUUUUGCUCUGUAGAGUUUUCUUUCUUAUCAGAAGCCUGUUCAGCGUGUGAAACAAUGUGGAGUUCAAAACAAAAAUCCUAUUAAACGUUUUUCCUGUAACAGCUGAGGCGAGGUCAUGUCGAAGCCCCUCUGCGGCUUCAGAGUGGCGUUGCAUUUCAUGGUACCUACGAGCGUGCUGGAUGUGACUGUCUCUCUCACUCUCUUUAGCCCUGUAUGGUGAAAACAUGCCUGAUUACCCAGAGGAAUGGAAUUAGGGGGCUUGAGCUCUGACCAUUUACAGAAGCAAUUAAACAUGAGCCCUGUAUCUGUGCUGCUGGAGCUCCUGGGAGGCUGAACUCGGGGCAUAUCCCGUGGCUGACUGGCUCGGUGGCUGCCUGCCUCUAAUAAAGCCUAAUCUGAAAGCAGGCUAAUUAAAGGGGAGUGGCCCCCUCUACAUCCAGGGCAUUUGAAACAAUCUGAUGUAUUUACUGUUUACCAUGUUCCAAUUAAAGCUCCCACACAGCCUGA